AAAAGUUACGGGUAAUGUUCAUUACGUAACCGGUCCUAAUUUAUUAUUUUGAUCUCGUAUAUAAGCACUCGUUGUUAGAAUUCCGUAGCAUACGUCAAGUGAGCACCAAACCCUACAAUGGCAGCUAAGUUGUUCGUUCUCGCCGCGCUGGUCGCCGUCGCCCACUGCUCAGUGUUGCCGCUGGCAGUAGACACCGACGCGUCGAGCUUCUCGUACGACGUCGCGGACCCCAACACCGGCGACUACAAGAGCCAGUCCGAAUCUCGCGUCGGAGGCGCCGUGGUGGGACAGUACUCCCUCGUCGACCCCGACGGCACCAAGCGCACCGUGGACUACACCGCCGACGACGUCAACGGCUUCAACGCUGUUGUGCGCAAGGACCCCCUCGCUGUCGCCGCCCACACCGUCGUCGCCGCCGCCCCCGCUGUCGUCGAAUCGGCCCCCGCUGUCGUAGCUGCCCGCACUCUCCCCACAGUCUACAGCGCUGGUCUCCCAGCCUGGUCCGCAUACAGCGCUGGUCUCCCAGCCUGGUCUGCCUACAACGCUGGUCUCCCUGCCUGGUCUGCCUACAACGCUCCCUGGUCUUCCUACUCAUACGUCGACCCUGUCUACUACAAGUAA